AUAUAUACAUGUCUGUGCUUGCUGUGUCCUGCCAUCUAUAUAACAUACCUUAGCUCUCCAAGAUUCUCACACCUUAGCUCUCCAAGAUUCUUCACACCUUGGCUCUCCAAGAUUCUCACUCCUUCACUUCUUCCAGAUACUGAUCAAUCGAUCACAGCUCACGCAGCUAAUAAGUCGAGGAAUAGUUAGCAAAGCAGUUGGAUCUGCCAUCGAUGGAGAAGAGGGGGGAAGAGGAGAAGGUGCCCCUGCUGGAGGCUCGUGGAGAUGGAGGCAGCAAGGUGGAGGAAGAAGAGGAGUCAUCGUUGUCGCUGGGUCGGCGGGUGUGGGAGGAGAACAAGAAGCUGUGGGUGGUGGCGGGCCCGUCCAUCUUCACGCGCUUCUCCUCCUUCGGCGUCACCGUCAUCAGCCAGGCCUUCAUCGGCCACAUCGGCGCCACCGAGCUCGCCGCAUACGCCCUCGUCUCCACCGUCCUCAUGCGAUUCAGCAACGGCAUCCUGCUGGGCAUGGCGAGCGCACUGGAGACACUGUGCGGCCAAUCCUACGGCGCCAAGCAGUACCACAUGCUGGGCAUCUACCUGCAGCGCUCAUGGAUCAUCCUCUUCGUCUGCGCCAUCGUCCUCCUUCCAAUCUACCUCUUCACUGAGUCACUCCUCAUCGCCCUUGGCCAGGAUCCCAAAAUCUCUGCUGUGGCCGGCACCAUCUCACUUUGGUACAUCCCGGUCAUGUUCUCCUACGUCUGGAACUUCACGCUCCAGAUGUACCUGCAGUCGCAGAGCAAGAACAUCAUCAUCACCUACCUCGCCAUGCUCAGCCUCAGCCUCCACCUCGUCUUUUCAUGGCUCAUGACGGUCAAGUUCCAGCUCGGCCUUGCUGGGGUCAUGGGCUCCAUGGUCAUUGCCAUGUGGAUCCCGGUGUUUGGGCAGCUUGCCUUUGUCUUCUUCGGGGGUUGCCCCCUGACCUGGUCAGGGUUUUCAUCUUCUGCGUUCACUGACCUUGGUGCCAUUAUCAAGCUCUCGCUAUCUUCUGGUGUGAUGCUCUGUUUGGAAUUGUGGUACAGCACCAUAUUGGUGCUGCUCACAGGGUAUAUGAAGAAUGCAGAGAUUGCACUCGAUGCUCUUUCAAUAUGCCUUAAUAUCAAUGGUUGGGAAAUGAUGAUUUCUAUCGGCUUUUUGGCAGCAACAGGAGUGCGAGUGGCAAAUGAACUUGGAGCAGGAAGUGCAAGAAGGGCCAAGUUCGCGAUCUUCAAUGUGGUCAUCACUUCUUUCUUGAUUGGAUUUGUGUUAUUUGUGCUCUUCCUUCUCUUCCGUGGAAACCUUGCCUACAUAUUUACUGAGAGCCAAGCUGUAGCCAACGCAGUUGCUGACCUUUCGCCUCUGCUAGCCUUCUCCAUAUUGUUAAACAGUGUUCAACCAGUGCUAUCAGGUGUUGCUGUUGGUGCGGGCUGGCAAAGUGUAGUUGCCUAUGUUAACAUUACAUCGUACUACUUGAUUGGCAUCCCUCUUGGAGCAGUCCUAGGAUAUGUGGUGGGAUUUCAUGUAAAGGGCAUUUGGAUUGGCAUGCUCCUCGGAACACUAGUUCAAACUAUUGUGCUUCUGUUCAUAACAUUAAGGACCAACUGGGAAAAACAGGUGGAGAUUGCUCAAGAGGGAUUGAAGAAAUGGUACAUGGACGAGAAAAGAAGACUGCAAGGCUCGAGGGAAAAUCCGUGAACUGGCCCUUUGAUUGGGGCUUGUGGGUCAAACAAAAAAAGAUUUCCUCGGCGUUCGAGACCCUUCGGCAGAUACGCAAAUUUUUUCACCAUCUCAAGAAUGAUAUGAUGGAAGUUUAGCCUACCCACUGAAAAAACAGAAAGUGUUUUGUGUUCCUCCUCCUCAAGCCAAGCAAGAAAGCAGUUGUCAGCAGUAGUGAUUGCCCGGUAGAAAAGUACCAUCUUAUUUGCCAGCGGCACGACAUAAAUAUGCGAUCCUCUGUUUGCUAUCCGUAAGCUUGGCAAGAAUGAUGCUCCGAAUUAGUUCUGGGGCAUGCUAGUGUCCUCAUCAGAGCAGUGGCUGUGGUUUGGGCAUUUGCAGCAUCUUUUUGUAUGUAUACUUGCACAUAAUUAGUUGGACAUUUGGACCCAUUGAGCUCUUGUUAUAUAUAUAGUUCUCCA